CGGGAAAGUGGGCGGGGUCAGGUGUGUCAUGGCUGCCUCCACUCAGAGCACGUGAGUUGCUGCUUGCAGAAUAGUGGCAGGAACCUCACUCCUUGGUGCCCCCUAUUUUUUUGUGGGGAUGAAUGAAGUACCUGACGCUGUGGCCCACUCAAAGUUUGUUUGGCGGUCUGGCUGGAACCCAGACAUCAGUUUGCAUAAACACUAUCCUAGUAGCGCUUCGUAGAGUCUGGGCUCUUGGAGAGGCUUGUAUGAUGGAGGCUGAACCAUCCGUUGUGGAUCAAGUUGUAGCAAAUAUGGAGCAGCCAUCAGCCAACAUUGUGGAAGCGGAAGGCAUUUUGGAACCCUUUGCAGAGGUGCCAAGGCUGGAUGUGGGUCUAGAAACUGAAGGGACUUUGGGUGAGAUGUUUUCUGGAUCAGAUCUCCCAGGAGAAGAGCCUCAGUUAGAAGAUGCUGAGCAGUGUUUGGAGCAAGAGCUGGAGGAAAAGAAGAAGGAAGAUACGGACAACGGAAGAGAAGCAUUGACAGAAGGAGGCGAAUAUUACUUUCCAAUGUACGAUUUCUCGCAGCCUCCCAAGCUUCUGACAGGCUCUUGGGCAGAGUUCAGCCGGAUGGUGGAGAAUUUCCUGAAGGGCUGCAAGUGGGCUCCUGAUGGGACUUGUCUGCUCACCAAUAGCGCUGACAACACAUUACGGAUUUACAACCUUCCUGCAGAGCUGUAUACUAAGGAAUGGGGAACCAUUGCCGAAAUGAGCCCUGUGCUGCGCAUGGUGGAAGGUGACACUGUCUACGACUACUGUUGGUUCCCGCUGAUGAAUUCUUCUGACCCGCAGACUUGUUUUGUGGCCAGCAGCAGUCGGGACAACCCCAUCCAUAUAUGGGAUGCUUUCAGUGGAGACCUGAGAGCCACCUUCAGGCCUUACAAUCACCUUGAUGAACUGACCGCUGCCCACUCUCUGUGCUUCACCCCGGAUGGCGCACGACUUUUCUGCGGCUUCAACAAGACCGUCAGAGUGUUUGACACAUCGCGUCCCGGCCGGAUGUGUGAGAAUAGGCCUACUUUGGUGAAGAAACAAGGACAGAACGGCAUCAUUUCCUGCAUUGCCUUCAGCCCAUCGCAGCCCCUCUACGCCUGCACAUCCUACUCCAAGACGGUGGGCCUCUACUCCCUAGCAGAGGGUGACCCCCUGGCUGUGCUACAUGGGCAUCAAGGUGGCAUCACCCAUGCUCUCUUUUCCCCUGAUGGCUUUCACUUGUUCACUGGUGGCCGUAAGGAUGCUGAGAUCUUGUGCUGGGACCUUCGUUGGCCAGGCGAGAUCCUCUUCUCCAUGGGCCGCACAGUUGCCACCAAUCAACGGCUCUAUUUUGACUUGGACCCGAGUGGGGUGUUUUUGGUGAGUGGGAACACCGAGGGGAACGUCACCAUCUGGGACACCACACAGCCUCCAAGCAGUGACCCACAUCCUGUGCUGCAGCCCAGUUUGCAGUUCCAAGCCCUGCAGGACUGUGUCAAUGGAAUUAGCCUCCACCCCAGCCUACCCCUGAUGGCCACUGCCUCCGGCCAGCGCAUAUUUGCUAGCCCAUGGGACAGCGGGAAUGAAGAAGAGGAAGAGGACUUUCCAUCUGACCACCAUCCAGCCCAUGGGAACAAUUCUCUUCAGCUCUGGUUGUGCUCCUCAGUGGCCGGAGCAGAACUACUUCAGGCAGUCCCAUGACUUUGCAGCUGUGCCCAGGAGACAUGAAGUUGGAACCACAUUUGUGUGUCACUAAUCUCCUACCCUUCUUUGGCCUUUGAAGCCCAAAGGGAGAGACCAUGCUCCAGCUGUCAUGCAUAGGGUGCAUAGAGCGCUGUUAGGCCAACAUGUCUUUUUGCAUGUGCAAAUGGGACCAGGCGUUUGCAUGCCUCUUGGUGGUUACAUCUGAAGCUUGUACCAAAGAGACAAUGAGAGUUUGCUUGGAUGUAGAGCUGAUAGCUGCGGCUCUUCUCUUGAGAUGGUACACCACUGAGAAGGAAGGUGGGUGCAAACAUUUUGUGGUGCCAUACUUUGCAGGGGAUUGUGUGAGAUUGAUGUAAUCUAAUUGGUAGUAGAAAAGGGACAUUCUCCUCAGGGGAACAGUCCCUGGUGCAACAGGGUGGGGAAAGUGUGACCCCUACCAAUUUUGAGAUUUUGGGUAGCGCUUUAGUGGCUAUCAAACCAUGUCUUCACUUGGAGGACAGAGUAAGAUUUAAGACCCAGGUAUAAAGCAUAUUUAUACAGUUGUGGGAGUGGGAGAGAAGAUAAUAAAUACAUAUAAAUAUGCUUUAUAGCUGAGGCCUUAAUACCACUUGAUACAGCAUCUGAAGAAGUGGGACUAUGGAAGAGUUGCCCACCUCUGCUGUGUGAGACUUGGAGGUGUAAACCAAACCCUGUUAGUCUUGACUCAAGUAGACUCAUUAAGUCAAUGAGAUUUACCUACACUUGAACUCGCUACUCAACAGUUUAUUCACUAGAGUUGCAUCUGCACUGCAGAAAUAACCAAGUUUGACACCACUUUAAUUGCCAUGGCUCCAUGCUAUGAAAUUCUGGGAACUGUAGUUUGUUGUUGCAGGGCUCUCAGCUGGAGAAGGCUAAAUGUCUCACAAAACUACAAUUCUCAGAUUCUACAGCAUUGUGCCAUGGCAGUUAAAAGCAGUGUCAAAAUUCAUUCUGCAUUGCAGAUGCAGCCUGGGUCUGCUGUAGUUAGGAUGAAUCAUAAGUCCUACUUGAGUGAGGACAAAGCCAGUAUUAGCCAUACAGUAACUGCAGCUUUCUUACCCUAGAUUUGGCAAUAGGGCAGGCGGGAGGAAAAGGACAAAAUAAGGGACAGCCCUUUGUAGCCCAUAUCUCCUGUUUCCCUGGCUGUUGGCUUGCUCCUUUGGCAAUUGUGUGCCACAAGUCUCAACAGGAGAAAGAAUAAAUUUUAAGGAGUAAAAAGGUGUAUGAAUGUGUUGAUCUGGAUGUUGUACCCUAAUUUUUAAGGUUUUUUUUUUAAACUAGAGGGUAACUGGUUAUUUCAGGGUUUUUUUUUAAAAUUGCUUUGUCUUUGGUGCUCUGUAAAUAGUUUUUCUUCUUUUGCUCACCGACUGGGGACAUGGCUCUGAUGCAGACUAGCUUGUGGGGUGGGGUGGGGGGUUUGCUAUGGGGUUUUUUUUUGCUAGUCACCUCCAGUACCUGUUUACAGACUUUAAAAACAUGAACUCAUCUUGUGAUAGGUGUUCAAUAAAUGUUUACUGUGUUGUA